AUUAAAGUUGAAGUCAAGGUGUAUCAUACUCCUUGUUGAAAGCAGUUUAAUAUUAAAAAAAACAUUGAAAAUAUUGUUAAAAGUUUAUUUAAUAAUAAAAAUAAAAUGAGUGAAGAGUGGCAAUCACAGAAAUUUCGUCAAAAUGUCAUUGCAAAAAUCAAUGACAUGUUACAAAGCACUGGCCAGGAUGGUAUUAAAAAUGCCGGUGUUAUGGAAAAUCAUAUUUUCAAGAAGUCAAAAAACAAAGACGAGUACUUGGGUUUGGUGGCGAAAUUGUUUAUGCAUUUUAAAGAUCUGUCGCAAAGAAGACCUCAGCAAGCUCCCCAACCCAAUGCUGAAAUGGGUCAACAAAAUAUGAUGCAGGAUCCCUUAAAUGCUUUGCAGAAUUUGGCCAGCCAAGGCAAUCGUAAUCCCCAAAUGAUGUCUAUGCCUGGAGGUCCCAAUGUUCAACAAGGUGCGGGACCUGGUGGUCCAGUGCCAGCCUCAAAUCUUUUACAAACAUUGAACCAACAACGACCGGGACAACAACAAAUGCAGCAAAUGCAAGGUAUAAGGCCACAAAUGGCUAUGGGUGCUGGUGGUCCGGGUCAACAACAGGGUAAUAUAGUGGGUAGCGGUCCGGGACAACAACAAAUGAUGCCUCAAAUGGGAGGCCCUGGAGGUUUACAAAUGAAUGUUAUGGGUGGACCGAGUGGCGGACCCAACCAGCAAAUGGUGGGUAAUGCCCAACAAAUGGGCGGACCAUCUGGUGGACCUGGUGUAGGUCCUGGUGGUCCUCAGGGUAUGUCAGGACAAAUGAAUCAAAUGGGUGGUCCCAAUUCAGGAGGUCCCAUGGGCCCUGGCUCUUCAGGUCCUGGUGGUCCUAAUCAAAUGCAAAUAAAUUCCGGUGGCCAGAUACAAGGUGGCCCUGUGGUCAAUGUCAAUGCCAUGAAUGUUCAGCAAUUACCUAAUCAAAUGCAACAGCAACAAAUGCAGCAAAUGGGUAUGCAACAUCCUCAAUUAAAUCAAAUGAUGAAUGCGCGCAUGAAUCAAGGUGGUCCUGUGGGCUCUAUGAAUGUUGGCGGACCAAAUGCUGGAGCUAAUCAGGGUAUGCAGGGCAUACCACCCAAUAUACAACAGAAUCAAGUUGGCGGUGUAGGAACAGGUGGACCUAUGCAUCCGAAUAAUGUUGGCAAUGCCGGACCACAAGGACAACCAGGCGGCAUGCAGAAUAUAACUGGACCUCAAGGUAAUCUCAAUCAAAUGCUAAAUAUUCCGCCCGGCAUGCAGAAAAAUCCCAAUAUGACCAUGGGUCAAGGGGGACAAAUGUUUAAUGUCAAUCGCAGUGUGGUGGGACAGCAACAAUUUUUACGCCAAAGUCCUUCACCAUCAACAGUUUCUUCGCCAGCAGGCGGUUUAAAUGUCCAGCAACAGCAACAAUUACAGCAACAGGUGGUCAACAGUCAACAACAACAGCAGCAAUUACAACAGUCCAAUCAAGCUGGUGGACCACAGGGACCACAAGCCUUACCCAAUCCUCAAAUGAUACCCAGCCCUGCCUUGGUACCCACAUCCAGUCCUCAGAUGCCAGGAUUAAUGCAAAAUCCCAAUCAAAGGCAACAAAUGCGUCAGUCACCAAGUGCGCCACUAAACACACCAGGCCAAGUGACACAAAACAGUCCAUUUAAUCCACAUGAAGACCAAUUAUACAAGGAGAAAUAUAAACAAUUGACCAAAUAUAAAGAAACCUUAAAGCGUAUGGUGGCAAAGUUCCGUAAUGAUGGCAAUAAUGCAGAAUCCUAUACUAAAAUGAGUAAACUAUUGGAAAUUCUCAGCAAUCCCAUGCAAAGGGUGCCUUUGGAAACUUUGCUGAAAUGUGAAAAGGUUUUGGAGAACAUGAAAAUCUCACCAUUCUGUGGACAAACGUUUGGGAAAUCUUCCAAUCCCUUAAUGGAAGUCAUCAAUACCACCCUGCAAAGUCCCAUAGCAAAUCAUACUUUGUACAGAACCUUCCGACCCAGUUUGGAAUUACUAUUCGGCACAGAUAUUUCGGCUCCCUCGCCACCAAAAAGGGCUAGAAUUGCUGAAAACCCUACGGUUACAUCAGAUAUUGAAAUACCUCAUGUUUUGCAGGGAGAAAUUGCACGUCUAGAUCAAAAAUUCAAAGUUACUUUGGAUCCCACCUCCCAAAACAAUAUAAAAUCUAUAAAAUUGAUUUGCUGUCUGGAUGACAAAAAGUUACCAAGUGUGCCACCAGUUAAUGUUAAUAUACCAGAGGAUUAUCCCUCGGCUUCUCCAGAAUGCUCGCUCAUUGAACAAGACUAUUCUGCUACCGCAUUUCUCAAAGCCGUACAGAAUGCUUUAAUGUCUCGCAUUGCUAAAUUACCCAAACUGUAUUCUUUGUCACAUUUAUUAGACACUUGGGAAAUGUCUGUGCGCCAGGCCUGUUCACCAAAUGCUGUUAAACCCGUUUGCGAAUUUACCGCUUUAUUGGGCAUAUAAUAUUACAACUCAUUCACAUUCAAUAUUCAACAACAAUUUUAAUGUUUAAGCCGCAAUUUUUUUUUAGUAUGUAUAAGAGUUUAUAUAAAAUAUAUUCCACUAUAAAGGUAUAAUAUCUUAUAA